UAUUUUUAUCGUUUCAACGUUUUUAAUCUCUGAUCUUUCUGGUAAAAAUUAAAUGUACAACGAAUAUUCGUAAAGUAAUAUUUGUUUGCUUUCAGUUUUGAUAACUUGGUGCAUCGUUAUAUGGAUGGUAACACCUUCCUUUUCAUUUUACUUGUCAAUGUUACAUAACUCUAAAAUAGAGAUUGAAAGAAUAGCCUGUUUUCAUCAGGCCAUUAUUGAAACUUUAAUUAAUAAUCAAAAUUAAUGAUUAAGACUGAUCAGAAUCUUUAACAAUGAUAAAAUAUAAAUUUUUAAGUAUAACAUUCAUUAUAUUUUUCUCAUUUUUGUUACUGAAAAGUCCGACUGUGCACCGCCGCGCCGGUCACAAAACAAAAGCAAGCGAAGUUUCGCGCAAAGCGUUGUUUGCGCGCUUGCGGAAGCGUCGGCGCCUCUCGUCUGUGCGAAACGUUUCCUCCUUCGGUAGGAGGGGUUGCUGUCCUCGGGAAGAACUGAAGAACGCCUCAGUGCGAUGCACGUCGCUCCUCGCGCGGUGUUGCGCUCGGCUCGUGACAGCGUCGCCGUGAUCCCGCGCGGAGGCACGGGCGCGCGCGAUGUCGCGGCAUGAUGGGCGACGAUACCGCGCGAUCAGCCACGUGCCACAUCCGUCUGGCGCAUCGGCACGUCGAGCCGUUGCGCGGCCACGCCGCGGAGAUCGCGCGGCUCUUCAACGUGAAGCUGCUGCUGCCGCCGCCGCCGGGAGCGAGCGGAGCGCGGACGCGUUCCGUGCCGCGCGGCGGCCAGAAUGCGAAUGAUCUGUUGCUCGUGCCGUUGCAACGGAUCCUUUCCGGAUGCGCCGCCGACACCGUAGAAGGGGGGAGCCAGUCGAGUGCGAUGCACGAGAUCGCUGCCGGAGUCCAGAGAUACGUGGACUGCACUGUACUGGGUACGGGCAGCAUGCCGGACGCUGAGGACUCGUCGUACGACAGCGAUUACGAGACCGAGGAUGCAACAACGGUGACAACGACGACGGGGACGACGAUGCCGGGAACGGCGGCGACGCGACGUCCACGUGCGGAGUCGCAGGUGUCCUCGGCGGCGCAUUCGGACGUGUCUCGCACCGCGUCUGACACUCUGGCAGCCGAGUUCGCUGAGUAUGUCACCAUCCAAGGACCGUCGCCCACGCAAAGUCCCGGUUACACCGCCCGCGUGGAGUUUGCCUUGAAGCUGGGUUACACCGAGAGACUGGUACAGGCGGCUCUGCAAAAGUUAGGCCCGGAUCCAGGCCAGAACGAACUGUUGGCCGAACUGAUCAAGCUUGGAGCUACCUGUUCGCCGAGGCUCAGCGACGGUCCCGAGGAGAGCGAUGGUCUUUUAGAUGCCGAGAUGGGCGCCGAUGAAGGCGGAGGAUCGAUUUUGGCCACGACAAUGGCGACGGCGACGAAUACGACCUCAUCGGCGGGGCUGAGGCCCGUCGUCAUCGACGGCAGCAAUGUCGCUAUGAGCCACGGCAACAAAGAGAUGUUCUCCUGCCGCGGCAUCAAGAUCUGCGUCGACUGGUUCCGUGCCAGGGGCCACAAGGAGAUCACCGUCUUCGUACCCAAGUGGCGGAAGGAGGCGUCCAGACCUGAUAAUCCGGUCGCUGAUCAGGAGAUCCUGGGUGAACUUGAGAAAGACCGUUUGCUGGUCUUCACACCGUCCAGGUUGGUGGGUGGGAAGCGUAUGGUAUGCUACGACGAUCGGUACAUUCUCAAGCUGGCUGCGGAAGUCGAUGGUAUCGUCGUCAGCAACGACAAUUACCGCGAUUUGGCACAGGAAAAUCCUGAGUUCAGAAAGGUAGUCGAGGAAAGGAUCCUGAUGUACAGCUUCGUGAACGAUCGAUUUAUGCCGCCGGACGAUCCGCUCGGCAGGAGCGGGCCUACAUUGGAUAAUUUCCUCAGGAUCGCUCCUAAAAAGAUCGAUCCGGCGCCUCCGUGUCCUUACGCCAAGAAAUGCACGUACGGCAACAAGUGCAAGUUCCGACAUCCCGAGAGGGGUCCACACCCGCACAAGUCUGUGACGGAACGACUGGUGGAGCAUGCCCAGCGUCACCUGCAGGCCCGUGGGCCCAGCUUGAGCCUACCGCUGCCAUCCACGACCGCGUCCGUCCCCUCGCAGCAUCCACCGCUCUGCAAGGCCAGGUCGGCUCUGCCACCGAAUGUUGUUCAAUCCUUGUCUUCCGUUCCGAAGAGCCGAUCAGUAGAGAACGUCACGUCCGAUUUGUCCGCAACUAGUCCCGCCAUGUACAGCCAGCCGAUGCCUAUUGUGCAGAAUGCUCAAGGCUAUCCCUCUACAGUGAAUUGGGCCGCGCCGAGAGUGAGUAACCCCGAGCCAGAGCCGGCAAACAUGCAUCGUAAAUUGCAACGGCAGCUGACUCUGAACCCGGCGUGCGAUCCGCGGCUUUAUCAGCUCAGGCGAUAUCAUCAUCAGCAGCAGCAGGCCGGUCAGUCACCGCCGCAGCAGCAACAGCAAUCAGUCAUCAGCCCUCCGCGCUCCAGUAUGCAACACCGACCGUUGACGAGACACGCCAGCAACGAGUCGUCCUAUCCAAUUACUGCCAUGAGCUGGGAUCACCCCGAUCGGCUUCAGCAUCAUCACCAGCACGUGACGCGCAUCGCUUCUGCCCCGGAUUCUUACAGAGCGUGGCCACCACGCGGUACCACUCUGGUGCCGCCGUCACGGGUGCAGAGGCUCGGCACUUCGGAUCCCCAGCUGAACCUGCUGCCGUCACCGCCGCCCACGAGUUUGCACGUGCCCUGGGGCACGCAGGCUCAGGACGCGCGACGUCGUCUGCACUAUCAUCUCGCCAACAUUUUUCCUGAGGAACAGGUGCAAGCCGCCAUGGCGCUUCAUCCCCAUGAAACCGACGCGCAGCAGAUCUGCGCUGCCAUUCUGGCGAUGUUUCCCAAGACUUAGAGCUGAAGAAUAACGCGGCUGCGUUAUUUUUCCGUUAAUAUCUUGCACAGGAUCUUCGCAGGUCCGAGCGAUUAUAAAUUGGAGAACCACGCAUGUGCAUGAGUAGUUUUUCCACGUAGGCGUAUAGUACAGAAAAAUAUCUUUGUGCAGAGCAUAACGCGAGUAUACCAUCAAUUACUACAUCAAUUGUGCUUGUAUCGAAGAUAUUGGUUGCUCCAGUGGUUAAAAAAAUAUUUUUGGAACGUCACGCGUGUUUGGAUUUCGAAAAUUUGAUAACUUUAACUGCGCGUUUUCAUCCUGCUAGCCAACGGCCAGUAUCCUACGGACAGAGAACGCGAGAAGUGUAACUUAGCAAUGUAGAAGUAGCGCGGAAAGCCAAGAAACAUUUUUCACAUAUUUUUCAUCUUCGCAUUGAAUUUCGAAAAAUAAUUAAGACGAGACGAGGAACGCGCUUCUGCAAGCAGCGCAGCGUUAGCCCAGGGCAUUACAACUCGAGCGUUUGUUGUUACGUUAUUCGGGGUGCAAGCGGUGAGAGGAUCUGUAUUUUAAUCUCGUCGUUUUUUCAUCUAGUAAAUCUCGGUGAUUAUUGUCGUCUCACAUUGAGCCGAUCAACUUUUGUCUCUUCGAUCACACUCGCGAAAUUGUCUCGCUUUGCCACUGAGAAGAGUAUUUAAAAGUAUAUCUGAAAGAAACAUUUUGAACGAGGCAAUCAGAAUAUAAAAUGCUCAUUAUGUUAUUUAAUAAACAGUAUAUUUUAAAAAAUAAUGUAUAUUUACAGUAUAGUUUGCUAAAUUUGUAUAAUUACGCCUUGUAUACACACACAUAUACUCUUAAUAAAUGAGGAAUAAAAUCCAUCUCACGAGACGAUAUUGCGAGUGUCGGUCGUUCACAUUAGCGGCUGUGAAUUAUGGAAAGCCUGUAUACACGCAUAGUUAUAUAUGUAUAUAUACAUGCAUAUAUAUAUAUGUAUGUAUGUAUGUAUGUAUGUAUGUAUAUGUAUGUAUAUAUAUAUAUAUAUAUUCGAUAUAUAUGUAUAUCGCCUAGCGAUAUUAAUAUAAUUCAUAUUAAUAUAAUACAUAAUAUAUAUGUAUGCACGAAACAUUUCGGUGACCUGAAACAGGACAAGUAUAUCGUGCAAAUUGUACGAAGACUAAUUAAUACUUAACCGACUUUUAUAUAUCGCUGUUUUUUGCCUUAUAGUGGAGCACGUUAUAUAGUAUUUUAACUCGUUGGACUAUUUAAUUGUUUGAUGUGCCUGUAAAACAUGCGAGUAAAUUAAUUCAGUCAUCUUAUGAACUUUGAUGAAGUUUGAUUAUUUCUAUUUAAUUUGUGAAUUUCAGUUUUGAGAGAUGAAUAAUAUGCAACUUUGUGCAAAUCACAGAAUGAUAAGUAAAAUAAAUUGAUGGUCCAGCCAGUUAAAAUUAAUCCUUUCAUGCUAGAUAUUCUUAUGUUUGCAAUAAAUAUAUAUCAAAGUAUUUUCCAAUAAUAACUAAAAACUGAAUAAUUAUUUUACAACUAUCACGUUUAAAAAUAUUGUUUUAUAUAAUAAUAUGACCAUAACUGAAUUGUCAGGGAAAGGACUGUGAAAAAGCAGGAAGAAAAAUAAUUCAGAAAGAAUAUUUGUGCUUUAAUAGAAAUUUUAAAAAAUUCAAUGUAAAGAGUGAUAUUCUGCGACUCGCUACUAGCAUGAAGGAUUCUUUGAAUUUUUGCAAAUAUUGCGCCUGCUCCUUUUGUUCUCUUUAUUCGUGUUUAUUUAACAAAUGGCAUAUAAGAUUUUAAUAUAUACAUAUGCGUAUGUUGUGGCAUGUGUAUACAUGUACAUGAUAAAAUCCCCCUUCGUGAACGCAAUACCGUGUAUUGCUGAAGAUCUGCGAAUUGCAAAGUGAAUGCUAUUACGUAUGUUGCAUCGAACAAAAACAGAACGGAACAUAUUAUUCACAUUUGUAAACUAAAAAGAAGGAAGCGAUAAUCGUUUCGGUUGUGGAAGACGAUUAUUAUUAAUAUUAUUAAUUUUUAUAAUCAUGUUAAUCUAUUAAAUAUUAUAUAUAUGUAUAUAUAUCUAUCAAAUUUGUAUCAAUGUUAUUGCGAAUGGAUAUAUAUUGCAAAUAAAUGUUUUUUUAUUUACAUUGUUAGCGA